UUAGGCCCCGAAACCCAGUUAAACAAUAGGGAUAAAUUUAGCGGAUUAGGCCCCGAAACCCAGUUAAACAGUGGGGAUAAACUUGGGUCCUCCGUCGUCGCUAAGAUUAGUCCGAAAAGUAAGAAAUCGUCCACUUCCAAACCGUGUUUUACUCCUCCCAUAAAACAGCCAUCAGCUAACGGUGUACCGCACCUGUCACCGACCAUCGGCUACCCAUCGUGUCCGACUCCUUUACGUGUUCCAUCCGCUUCGCCUAAUAUUUAUCCUUCUUCUCGGGAGAAAUUCGAGCUUCCGCGAGACAAUAUCGGAGCUCUCGACUUGUCACUGACCCACCGCCAAGAAGUUGUUCACCACGACCCACCGUUCAAAUCCAGUUCUCGGCAUGUAGCCAACCCGCCGGUCUUGGACAAACUCUGCAGGCCGCCGCUGUGUUUGUCAGGACCGGCCAAACUGCCGCUCAAGAUGCCACCACCACCCGUACCCCACAGUAACACGUAUAGCAGGAAGGGGGACAUUGGACGCAACCAUCGCUAUAGAAGCGGCACUUUAACCGUCAUAAACCCCGAUCCUAAUAGCUACCGACCUAAGAUAGUCAUCAAAAACUUGGACCCACGGCCAGACCACAGUCAUCACAAUCACCGAACAUAGCGUGAAUGUGUAUAGUUAGUCAUUGUUCGUGAUGAACACCAAGUACCAUGUGUAUGUGUGUGAAACGCUUAUAAUUCUCAAUAAUUUAAAACAGUUGUUAUCAAACUUGGUGGAAUUUUAUAGAAUUUAGUCAUUGUUCAUAAUGAUAAAACGCCGUCAAGUCAACACCAAGUACCAUGUGUGUGUGUGUGAAACACUCCUAAUUUUCAAUGAUCUAAGACAGUUUGUAUCACUCUUG